UCCUCUCUUCCUGGACACUUCAGAGAUCUGGUGGCAGAACCCACCAUCCCUGGCAGCAGAGAAGGCCUCCUGGGACAUGUCACAAAUGUCAGCCAUGCAGAAGGCAGCAGGUGAUGACUCAGACCUGAGCCACCUGGAGGGGGACAGUGCAGAGGAGCUGUCUGUGCAGGACCCGGAGCUGGAGGCCAUCAAAGCCAAACUGCGGGAGAUGGAGAAGGAGGAUGAGAGGCUCAAGGGGUUGCAGCUGGAAGCUGAGAGCCACCUGCUCAUGAGCUCAGAGGCAGGUCUCUUCCCAAAGACAACUGAUGAGAAGGUGGAGGCUGACCAACGAUCCAUUUAUGUUGGCAAUGUGGAUUACGGGGGCACAGCAGAAGAGUUGGAGUCUCACUUCAACAGCUGUGGGCAGAUCAACCGAGUCACCAUCCUCUGUGAUAAGUUCUCAGGGCAUCCCAAAGGGUAUGCCUACAUUGAGUUUGAAGAGAAGAGUUCUGUGAAGGCUGCGGUGGAGCUGGACGAGAGUGUUUUCAGGGGACGUGUCAUUAAGGUGCUGCCCAAGAGGACCAACAUGCCUGGCAUCAGCACCACUGACCGUGGAGGCUACCGUGGCCGCUACCAAGCCCGGGGAGGGCUGGGCCAGUGGGGAGGCUACUAUGGGGGGCAACACCCCAGGGUGAGAGGGAGGACGUACAGGGGUCGGGCGAGGCUGCUGCCUUGCUACUUCCCAUACUAG